AUGAGGGCAUUGAAGGCCCUCGCUUGGGCCAUUCUGCAGCUGACCGAAGCACUACAGCCACUUCCAAGCCUUCAGGAGGACUUUUUUGAUUUGCUGCUGUCACAGUAUCCCUUCCCACUACCCAGCUGGAACUUGGACCGGGUUGCUGGUAGAUUGAGCCCAGCCUGCAAAAGUGUUCAAGACUUGCUGGCUUUGGCCAUUGCUUCUUCGCAACUUCACAGUUUCAACGUGAGAUCUGAUGGUUCCUACGAUUUAUCCUUGCCGGCCUUCGAUCAACAGCUCCCUGGGGAAGAAGUACAGUUGUUGCUGCAGACCUGUGAAGGGCUGGCAGUGCACUAUGCCAACUUAGCUUCAAAGCUGCUCUUCCUCCAACUCCUUUGCCCUGCUGGUCCUACUGGUCCGGCUGGUGCUGGUACUUGUAUGGACGACGGUGAUCAUGAUCCACUAGGCCGAGAAGGCUCUUUCUGUCAAGGGGUGGGGCUACCCAGAGAGGAACCCUUUGAAGCUGGCCUUGGUAUCUCUGAAGUACAUUUUCGAGCCACAGCUCGAAUGGAGCGUUUGCUAUCGACAUUUUGCCACAGAGUGGGGAACAACUGGGGCGAUUUACAGAUGUUGGCUGACCGCGCAGCUGAGGAGGUGCGUAGCUUCUUGGAUCACGCCUUUCAAAGCUUGUCAGUGAUGCAAGGGUUGCCGGCAAUUCCACCGCUGGAUGAGUUCCUGUUGUCUGCUGGGGCACCUGUCUUCUAUCAUGCCCCCAUUGCAGGUGAACGUUGGCAUGUUCUGCAGCAUAUCCUUUCAACAUUUUCAAGUGCAGAUCGGGCAAGAGGGCUUAGAGUAGCUGAAGUUGGAGUGGAGAAGGGGAUGACCAUUACCUACUUGAUGAAGCACGAGAAGGCGAUUGCAGAAUACGUCGCAGUGGACCCAUGGCACAUUCCAGGCAAGUCCGAAGAGAGCAACGCUAUCCUUGCGGCAUAUCAUGAGAAUCUGCAGGCGUGGUCCCGAGAGGAAGAGGCUUUCCAACGACAUGGACAGAGUGCAGUGCGCAUCAUUCGGAAGGCUUCGGAGGAGGCGGCAGGUUUGGUUGAAACCGACUACUUCGAUUUGGUUUUCAUUGACGCUGACCACACCUUUGAAGCAGCCAGACGAGAUAUCCAGGUGUGGAGGCGAAGAGUGCGGCCCAAUGGCGGAGUCAUGGCAGGACACGACUUCUCGCUGUUCCACCCAGCGGUAUCCUUGGCUGUUGUGGUUGAAUGCAGUGCAACAAGCAGUGAUGCGGAGCGUUUGAGGCACCAAAUUGAAGAGACGACCCGGAGAUGUCAAAGGAUGUUGAUGGAGCGGGACGAUGCCAGAGAGCAGUUGUUGGUUCGUCAGCGGGAGGCGACACCAGCACGGCAUUUGAACCGAUCGCUGUCGGCAUCGUUCUUGGACUCGCCCUACAAGAUGUCCAUCCAGGAUGCCCGAGAACUCGACGCAGAAGCCUUGGAUUUGAGGCAGCGCUGCCGAGACCUGGAAAGGCUUUGUUCCAGGCGCACGCUGUGGAUGCACAGCUUGCUGGAGAGAGGGCAGGAAGUGGGAGCCUUCAGCAUCCUUCGCAUCCUUUGCCUGUGGCCACUUGAAACCCGCAUGUUGCCCCGACCCAGGCUUGUGAGCGGUGGAGGAAAGCCGGAGUCAGCCUGA